CGUUUUUGUUUUCGAGGUAUUAACGCAUCAUACUAGAAGAUAAGUUGAUGGCAAACAAGAACACUUUCUUCCUUCUCCUAACCAUUUUGAUUUUGAAUGUUUUGAAAGGGUAUGCAAUGGCAUCAAACGAUAGUUCAAAUGAGUUAGAAGAGAUGAAAGCAGUUCCAUUCGAUUAUUAUCAACUCGUGCUACAAUGGCAACCAGCAACGUGCAGCAAUCUCACCUGCCUGAAACCCUGGUCGUCGAGGUUCAGCAUCAACGGCCUCUGGGCUGGCAGCUAUUCUGGUAGCAUUGGACGGUGCAGUGGCAGCGAAUUUCUCCAACAAAACAUUUCAAGCAUAAGAAGAGAGCAAGACGAGGAUUGGCCAAGCCUGGUGGUCAUAGGCUCAAACCCAGCAGUAUGGGGCGAGGAGUGGGAUUUACACGGAACCUGCUUCGAGACUCCGACCUUUCAAAUCUCAGACUAUUUCCGAUUAGCUCUGUACCUUUUCUGGAAGAGCGACGUGCUGCAGGCGCUUGAGAAAUAUGGGAUGGAACCCGCGGAUGGGCGGCGAUAUCUAGCACCGGACUUUGAAUCUGUCCUCAACGUUAGCUUUGGGAAGCCUGCUCUGCGCUGCAGCCGCAACGUGAAGUAUAAUCUUCAGUAUCAGCUGGCGGAAGUGGGUCUGUGCUUCGACAAGUGUCUUCGCCACAUCAACUGCCCUUCCCAGUAUUCUGCUGCCAAUGGCUGUCCACGAAAUCAAUUUAUCCUCUAGGAUUAGCAAAGCAACUUUAAUAAAUGGAAAAAGGGAUGUGUGUUGUGUUGACGUCUCUUAAAUAAAAUUCUUUUGUGCUUUUUAAGUC